AUGGUACUGGUGGUAUCUCCCUAUUCGUAUUUUGAAUUCGGGUCCCACAACAUCUCCACGUUUGAAGUGUUUGGUAACCUCGUGUACGUGGGGCUACACGAUGGAUCUCUGGACGUUUGUCAGCUUCCCACUGGGGGAGAAACACAGAUGACCGAAUUUGAUGAAUCAAAACUGGUACUGGAAGACCUCAACGUGAUUGCCAGAACGAAAUUGUCAUGCCGAGCGAUGCAAUUGGAAGUGAUACCAAACUUGGGAUAUCUGGUAGCAUUACUGGAGAACCAAACAGUGGAAAUAUAUAGUCUGAACGAUUAUCAAUUCAUAGACAAAUUUGAUGAGGCACGCUUCAAUUAUAUCAAAACCUGGUACGAGGACGACAAGGAUCUCCAUCUAGACCAAAUCAACGAAGAAGACAACGAUUACAUCACAGUUGACGACAACGACUCCAUCUCGCUUGCCACUACAGCCUUGGAAACGGUCCGUACAAAGAAGUUUGUCACAUCACUGACAGGAAACAGCUAUUUGUGCCUGAUAUCCAAACGGAAUGUUGCUGUCAUGAAGUGGCACGACAACCAAUACGAUCGCAAAUACGAAUACAAACUGCAUGACAAAAUCCAGGUGGUUGAGUUCCUCAGUUCCGACGGUUUAAUCGUUGCACUGAAGAACGGUGACAUUCUGAAGAUCGACCUGGCGCACGAUUCUGUAUCAACUAUACAAAUCCAGUUUCUGAACCAGCCCACUGGAUUCAGCAAGUCAUUUUUCUUCAGCCCGACAGACUCUUUACUGGAAAUCUUCAAGGCAAACAACGACCAGCACCUCAUCAUCAUGAAAGACUACAACCUCAUUAAGCUCAACAGUGAUCUAGAACUUGUUGUGUACAGACGACAUACCCAUUCCAUAGACUUCAAAAAUCCCGUUCUGGUGCCGAGUCACAACCAGUCUGGGAAAAAGCUUAAAUUCCUCAAAUACUGGUUCCCUUAUGUGGUAUUGGUCUACGCCAACUCACUGGAAAUCCGAAACCUGGAGAACGGCUCACUUGUGCAGCAGUUGCAGGGGACGCCCACUUUUGGUAGCAUCACGUCCAUCAAGUUCACCCCCAAGUUUCUGUUUCUAGUUUGCAACUCAACGGUGUACAAACUUGUGAAAACGACGUACGACUCCCAGCUGGCCGAGUUUGAGAAAUCAAAGGACUACAAUAAUGCAAUAAACUUGAUCGAAAAACUUAAUCCUCUGGCAUUUCAAGACAUUUCCGAAGACCACUCUUCACGACAGAUCAAAUUUUCGAAACUUCGUCAAUUUGAGCUUCUAAAAGGCCUGGAGUACUUGAAGUCCGGCAACUACGAGACUGGAAUCAAACUAUUUGUUGAGUUCUUGGCCCCACCAGAGCUCCUGCUUGAUAAUUUACCAGACUCAGUCAAGACGUUGCUAUCUGGAACAUCAAGCCCAAAAAUUGCUGCUAGUAAGGAGUCACUGAAGAGCGAUAAAGAACCAGAACCAAGACCCAACCAGGACCUCAAGAUUAUCCACCAGGUCAUCAGUUUUCUAACAGAUUCUCGGAGGAAGCUCACUCGGCUUCUGGAUCCCGAUUCGCCGAAGUUUCAAUGGCAUGGUUUCCUCAUCUCCCGCGAGCUGUAUGGGUCCAAGGACAUCUCCAAGCUAGAGCAGAAACUGCAAACCGUGGACGACUGUCUUUUCCAGUGUUAUUUGAUCACUAAUCCUCGAAUGGUUGGACCACUGCUCCGAAUCUCCAACUACUGCUCGUUUGACAAAAUAGAGGAUAAAUGCCUCGAACUCAAGCUGUACACAGAACUCAUCGAUUUUUAUUACUGUCGGUCACGACACGACAAGGCGUUGACAUUGUUGGAGACGCUGUGUAUCGAGAAGCACGUCUUCGAACCUGAACUUAUGGUCAAAUACAUACAGAAACUUGGACAGCCACAGUUGGAUCUUAUAUUCAAAUACUCAGAGAAACUGAUUUCGCUAGACCAGACCAAUGUGGAAAGUAUAUUUAUGGAUGACUCGAUUGAGUGCGAGUCUCUCAACAAGCAGCAAGUACUGGAUUUUCUCGACAAGUGGCCCUCGUUGCAAGUGCGUUACUUGCGGUACCUAAUAUUUGACCUUGGCGAGACGAACAUCAAGUUUCCAAAUAAACUCAUCGAGCUAUACUUGCAGGACCCGGAAAAAAACCAGGCCCACAUCAACCAAAUCUACUCACUAGACAACUACAAUCCAUCGUUUGUGCUAAAAAAACUCAACUCGCUUAAACAGUCGCCAGUUGUUCUAGAGCUUAUGAUUCUUCCUCUUGGGAAACUCCAUAAACACAAAGAGGUGCUAGAUAUACUUGUGCACAAGCUCUGCGAUGUGAAAAAAGCGCUGAAUUAUUGCAGGGCAGUAUACUCCUCGUCCUCAGAAACUGGACUCAAGCUCACGUAUAUGCUGCUCGACAUGCUUCUAUCCUCCAAUGACUACGACUCGGUAUUAGAGAUAUUAGACUCGGGCAUUACAUAUCUGGAUCCGGUCGAGGUGCUAGAGAAGCUGCCCGGAUCGCUACAACUUGGCAGAUUGGAGGCCUAUUUGGAGUCUAACAUAAGAAACCUAACGUCAGAUCUCCGCUUAGACAUCAUAAAAAGCGAGCUCCUCAAAGUGCAGCUCAUCAACCUCAAGUACGAAAAACUGCUUUCAGACACGGCCCAUGUGCGCAUUGAAGCGAGCUCCAAAUGCAUGGUGUGCGACAAGAAUUUCACUGCCUCUUCAAUCCUUGGUUUUUUCCCAGACGGAUCUGUGGUGCACUAUAGCUGUAGUAGGUAUAGAGAUUAA